AUCCAUGAAAGAAAAACCACAAGCUUUCUGUGUACGAGUUGUCUAGUUGUGUGGGAACAUCGCCAAAAAGUUCAAUAACGGCACACCUAGCUUAAAUUGGAAUCUUUCAACAGUAAGUGCUGCUUUUGAGUUCAACUUUACCUUUACAGAUGAAUAUAUCUACCAAGAGGAUUGAAUGUUAAACUGUGUUGGACAGUCUCGGUACAAGUAAGUUAAUUACCUGGUUGUCAAGGCCCAAUAAAAGAGGGAAAAUUGAAAAGACCUCAUUAUCCUUCUGUCAAUCAUCGUUAUAUGGGGGACCAUCUACAACUCUUGAACCCUGAAAUUGUAACCGAUCAGCACAGCGGUUGUUCAUCAAUUUAGGCACAUCAAACUGUGUACUUGCUGAACUCGAUGUAGAUGCUGUACGUGAAGAUGAAAAAGGAAUGUUUGUUUGGUCAUAGGGCUCAAUCCAAUACGAAGGCCGGUGGAUAUGUUGAUGGCCAGUCAUUGCCUAAUUCACCUCGUUGGAGACAAAGCUUUCCAGAACACUGGAACCUUGGAAAUUAAUCAUCUCUUCUGAAAAUGACGGGACAGAGAUUGACAAAAACUACAAAGGGGCCACUUCUGUUCCAGCACGCGGCCCAAUUCAGUCGCUGACCUCGAAUUGGUCGUUAGGAUACAGAUCGAAAAUACCAUCGGGGCCUCUAAAUCACUGCACAAUAUUGAUCCUAAUGCAUUCCAUCUCAAAUAGUGAGUGUUCCACCGAAGAAACGGAUUCACUUUUAAUUGGAUGAGAGGGGAUUUCAUUGACGCUGCCCUGAUCAACUUUGUGCAACAUUAAUGGCUAACCACGCAGGAGUCCUCGUUGAGGCCAACCAUUCCAUAAUAAAAUCUGGCAUUUUUAUCGUGUUCAGUCGCUUCGAGUAUAUAGUUGGGACUGGAUGUAGCGCACCAUUUGACGACUGCUUUAAAGCGAACUCGCGAGUAAUUCAGUAGUCAAGAUAUUUCGAGCAAGACUGCAUGUAGAGAAAUCUGCUUCAAACGCUGGGAAAAGAAUUUGCCACGAUGGAGCCACUGGAGUAAGAUAAAUACACUGUACAGUAAACUGGGAAAUUUCAAAGGUAUUUUUGUCUCCAAACCUACGGACUCAUUACCACUGAAAUCUGAAGACAACCUGCGGUUAUUGAUUUUUCUUUGACAGUUUACUGCGAUAACGUGCUUCAGCACUGACUGUUUUUGUUCGAAUGCUUUUCCGCGAGAGGAACUAGACAAAAACUGGAGAUUUGUAGUGAUUCCCAAAUCAUGGUCCGGAUCAUUGCCCUAUCCAAUUUAGCCCCAGGUACUACAUGCUGAGCCUUGUCAGGUGUUUUGUCGCCGUCACAUUCUACAAACAUCAUUAUUAACGCUCCCACGCUAACUAUUCGGCCUCGUUUGGCGUUCCAUGAAUGCUCGAUCUGGUUAAGACCAUUUCUUGGUCUUCUUUGAGCCACCAGUGCAAGGUGUUUUGGAGAAAUCUGCAUCACGCAUGGAGGGAGACGGUCGUUGGGCUACUCCGGUCGUGCGACCGAGGCCACCUUUUAGUAGGCGAGCAAGAAGUUAUUCAACCCCCACAGGAGUGUACUUCACAAAGACGGAAUUACAACUGGAUGAGAGAUUGGAGUCGCUUAGCAACACCGCGGCUGAUUAUGAAAACCAGUGGGCUAAUCAUCAUGCAACAACGGGGAGGUUACAAGCUAACAGUGAGCAAGCAUAUCCCACUGGAAAAGCGGCUUAUGGGGAGCUUAAGACUAAGGUUUACAUGACGAGGACGAAUCAAAGACCAGCUCACAGUAAGAGUUUCUCGGGUGCAGAUUUUGUUCAGGGUGAGAGGUUGGAUAAACAGUGGGCCCUCGGGCGCCACCGGGCAGUGUCAGGCGGCAGCAACGGGAGCAGUCAUGAAGCUGAGAAUUCCAGGUCGUCAUUACUGACUGGCCCGGGGAAACACCUUUACCCCCAUCGACAGCUCACCAUGCAGCUGGCUGAGGAAGCGUUGCCAGGCUCCCGCAACAAGAGGCGACCAGGACCGCAAGACAGGACACCUGCGUUGAAUAUCGAUGACGGGGAGGUGUUCUACGCACACAGCCACGUGCCAUCACCGUUAUCAUCAUCGCCAUCAUCGACAUCAUCAGCAGCAUCGCGUGUAAACACCGUCAGCGAUACGUCGCACGACAUUAGCUCGAGACCACCGAUCUCGCCUCAGCAACGUAGGGCCAGGCGGCAGAGCUCGGCAGGUGAAUCCGCCAGCAGCCUGGUGACGUCUCUCGGACGUAAUUUACGCGACACUUCAAGUGGCAGAGGCAGAAGGAAGUCCACGUCAGUUUUGCCGUCCAUCACGGGCAUGACGAGUCCUCAACCCCCUCUACAUUCCCACCAUGGACCGGGCUCUCGUAGAGGCCUGGCAGCAUUGGGGCCUGGGAGCUUACUGAGACGGUCCUUGCCAGAGGAAAGCAAUGACGACGAGGAGGACGCAAAUUCCGUGCACGCUGAAUCGCGCUUGCUAACUCGUAAGAAGAAAAUCAGCACCAAUGUGAGUCGGGAGUACAGGCGGGCGAUGGAUGAAUUAACAAUCUCAGACCCAAAACCAACCCCUCCAGUUGGUAAACGUUUACUGAGCAAGAGAUGGAGUUCUCUACAGUCAUCGGUUCUUUCGAAGAACACCAAGGAUUUGGUGAAACCCAGCGGGGGUGACAGGUCAGCAAAUGCAGAUGGGUUAAACAAGAUGUCCCAGGACAGUAAACUUGAGCAAAUGGGUGACUCUAACAAUAACAGUUCGGACAAACAGAGAAACCGAGGCUGGGAGAUUGUCCGGGACAACCUGAAGACCAUCGCAGACAUGGCUCCUAAAGACAGCAUCGAUUCCAAGCCACUCACCUUCCGCAACAUCGCCGAUUUGGUUAAGGCAAAGGAGUUCCGCCUCAUGAUGAAGCGGCGGGCAAGCUUCAUCGAGAAUGGACGGUUUCAGUUCGAGGAGGCCAAACAGGACUUAUACCGACGAUACCGCAGUGGGGCCGCUGGUAACCUAGCCCCCACCGCCCCGUCUGAGAGCCACGGUAAUAUCGGUCGAAAGACAGACGGUGGUGUUGCAACGCGUGUAGUUAACAGGAGAAAAUUCGUUGGUCUUUCUGGGAGCAUUUGAACAAAUUUGUAAAUAUCUUUUUUUAUUCCGAAGUACUGACUCAUAUGCCCUUAUUUAUAAGGUAUCAAAUCUUGAGAGUACUCGUAUCAAUUUCUUUUGUCAAAAUGAGAUCAUGGCACCGUUGAUUUUUUUUGUCAGUUGCACAAUGCCAUCAAUAUUAGCGAAAAUAGCCAGUUUUCUUUCUUUUUUUCUUUACGAAGCUCAAAAUCACAAGGGUCGUGCAAAACCCUUCAAAAGGCAAAUCUGUUUGGAAAGUAUACGCCUUGUAUAUGUUACAUUAUAGCAUGAAAAUCUCACCGGUUUAUCAUCUUAUCAUAUUAUGUAGGCAUAAUAUAUCUUUAAGAACUUGUAAAUAUUUACAGUGGAUUUUUAAGGUCUAUUUAUUUGUCAAUGUGCCUCAAUAUAAUGUAAUACACAGCAUUAACUGCUGUAUUAUUAUGCUAUUAAAGAAUUUAAGCUUAGUAGUUGAGUUUUGAGGAAAAACGGGAAUAUGUGUAUGCACAAAAACCCAGAAAUGGGCAGACAGUAAAAUUCGGGGGGAAAGCGGCCUGAGGUAUUCAUUUUGAAAGGAAAAUUUCACACAGUCCUUUUACCUAAACUUUUAUUUUCUGAUCUGUAAGAUUUCGCCAUGCAGGGAAACAAACUUCAAUAAUUGCAGACUUUGUGUUUUAUCUCACCUCCUUUCGUGACUGAUUAAUUCAUUUAAAAUGAAGUAACGGGUAAAACACCAUCUGGAAAGCAGAUGGUCCAGCCUCGAUUCACAGUACUUUUUAUGUUGACACAAACAAGGCCGGUGAAAUAUUUAACAGGACCACGGCAGAUUAUAAAAUCAGGGUACAUCGUUGGAACUAAUACAUCAGAAAAAUGUCAGAAAUGACUUCCAGUAUGACGACGAAAGCCAGUGGCACAAAACUCCCCUACCAACAGAAAAACAUUUUUGUAGAUUAGAAAUUCCAAUUUUUCGAUUUUACUAGCUGCAAAUAAUAUUAAUUGUCAGACUUUCACCAAUAAUGAGUUUCUUGAUGGUGAAACAUGCCUGCAUGUACAUACGGCAUUACCCAUGACGGAUAGUAAUGGCGCACACCGCCUUUAAGUUUUACAGCGUCCUGUCCUUAGUUAACACGUUGUGGUGUUUAUUUUUUAAAGAUUGUGCUGAAAUUGUGGGCAGGCGAACCACUGUAUUAGCAAGCCAAGAAAAUACUGGGAAAUAAUUUCCAUUCCAGGCGAUAUAUCUCAACUGUUCUGGUUUAACAGUAAUAUUUGGUGCAAUAUAUUCCACUGACUUCAUUUUAACGAGACAAUCUGACUUAAAAGUGUGGUGUAAUUAGAUUGAAAAUGCCGAGCGAUAGGUAAACAUCUGUAUAUUGAUUGUAGGAGAUGUUAGUUAAUCAUUAACUGGUCAUUAAACAGAACACAAUUA